AUGUUUGUGGGGAUUGCUGUCCAUCAAAGGCUGUGCUGGGGAGCUCUGUACCUGUUGGCGGCAGGGCUGGCAUUAACAUCUGAAACACGCCGGCUGUGUCCUCACUCCUGUCGCUGCAACACCACGGUGCUGGAGCUGAACUGCUCUUAUGGCCAACUUACCACGGUGCCUGACGGUCUCCCACAAGACACUAAACUCCUGAACUUAACUCAUAAUAUAAUAAAGACUCUGGUGCAUGAGCAGUUUCAGACUUUAACACAUCUCUUGGACUUGGAUUUAAGUGACAACUUCCUGGCAAUAAUCGAAGUGGAAGCUUUUCUUGGCUUGCAUAGUCUGCUAACUCUGCGUCUUGCUCACAAUCACCUGAAGAUAAUUCCUGUAGGAGCCUUUGCUGGUUUGUCAAAACUGCAGUUACUGGACAUAAGUGACAACAAGAUCCUUGUUGUCUUAGAUUUCACUUUCCAUGAUUUAGCGUCCCUGCAGUUUAUUAAGGCAGAAGAAAAUGACUUAGUUUUCAUCUCUCAUCAAGCUUUCACUGGCCUAACCAGCCUACAGGAGCUGCACCUUGAUGCCUGCAAUCUCACUGCUGUGCCGACAGAGGCGCUCACACAACUUAGUGGGCUGAGAAGCUUUUAUUUUCACCGGCUUGGCCUCAACUCACUACCAAACUACUCUUUCCGUCAUCUAGUGCGUCUAAAGGAACUUUUCAUAUCUCAUUGUCCCUGGCUAGAGACCCUGUCGGGAAAUAGUCUCUUUGGCCUAAAUCUUACAUCCCUCACCAUCACACACUGCAAUCUUAGUACUGUUCCCUAUAUCCCUUUGCAUCAUCUUGUAUAUCUUGUUUACCUUGACUUGUCUUUUAAUCCAAUCACCUACAUUCAUGCGAUGCUCGGUGACUUGCUGCGUCUCCAAGAGUUUCAUCUGGUUGGAGGAUCGUUACUGCGUAUUGAACUUGGAGCAUUCAGGGGUCUGGCACGCUUCAGAUUGCUAAAUGUGUCUAGAAAUCUUCUAACCACACUCGAGAAGAGAGUUUUUCAUUCAUUGGACACCCUUGAAAGUCUGGGACUUGACAACAAUCCACUUGCAUGCGACUGUCGAUUGCUAUGGGUGGUGCGCAAGCGCCUCUAUCUGGAUUUUGGUGGAUAUCCACCAACUUGCACUACCUCUGUCCAGUUGCAGGGCUGGAAUUUUCUGGACUUCUCUGAAGCUGAGCUCCCAGGUUUGCUCACCUGUCGGCAGCCUCGAAUUCUGAACCACAAACCUCAAGAAGUGAAAGUGGACCAGGGACACACGGUGGUGUUUUACUGCAACGUGGAAGGUGACCCUCAGCCAUCUGUCACUUGGCUAAACCCACAGCUAAGACCGUUAUCACCCAUUGGAAGAAUACGAGCUCUGUCCAAUGGCUCACUGGAGGUCCGCUAUGCACAGCCUCAAGACAGUGGUACUUACCUGUGUGUGGCAUCUAAUGCAGCAGGAAAUGACAGUCUGCCUGUCAGCCUCCAUGUCCGAUGCUUUCCAUCAUCUUCUAAAAACCCCUUUCGUCUUAAGAGUUGGUUUGCCUUUCCGUCUGCCUCUCCUGGUGUGAAUGGACCUCAGAAACUCCCAUUUGAUUUCAAGACGUUACUGGUAGCAGCAACUAUUGGGUUUGCUUCAUUUUUCAGCUCUGUGAGCAUAUGUUUCAUUUUCAUGUUCUUCUGGAGUAAGAGCAAAGGGCGAAUAAAACACACGGCCACAAUUGCUUAUGUGCCACGAAGCGCUGCGUCAGGUAGUGCUGGAGGCACAGGUAAUGAGACCAGCAGGUUCACCAUGAAACUAAUAUGA